CCGAUCCACGGCCUAGCCAUGGCGCUCCACCCUCUGUACUGGCAACGCUGCACUUGCGCCUUGGCCCUCAUCACAUCCUUCAACGUCGUGGUUCCGCACCGCCGUUUUCACGCCUGCAAUAUUUUUUUUUCCGUCUUCUCCAUUGCGAACAAACUGCUGCAAUUUCCCUCUUUUCCCUUCUUUUUGCCAAUGCUAACCCGACUCUCGUUUUCCUCCAACAGAAUUGUCUGCUCCAACCCCUAGCCCAUGCAAAGUUGCC